AUGCUGAAAGUCAAUAGCAUAUCAUUAAAUCAGGAUGCAUCAUGUCUAUCUGUUUCACUGGACAAUGGAUACAAAAUCUUUCAAUUGAAUCCUUUGAAGUUGAGAGCUCAAAGAAAAUUUAAGAAUGAAGGAUUUUCGAUAGUGCAGAUGCUUUAUAGAAGCAAUAUUCUACUGCUGGUGGGAGGUGGGAACAAUCCAAAAUAUCCAUCAAAUAAGCUCAUUGUUUGGGAUGAUGUGAAGGAAAAACCUGUCCGCGAGCUUGAGUUACACUUUGAAAUUAAAGGAUUAUCGUUUAAUGGUGAACAUUUGGUUAUUGCUACUGCUUCAAAACUCUUUUUGUAUCAUUUUACCCAUGCUAUGAAAUUACUUAGGACUAUAGACACCCAAAACCCUAAAGGUUUAUGUUCUAUGGUGACCACGAAGGAAAAAACCGCGGUGGUUUUUCCCUCGAAAAAAAUCGGACAAGUCCAGAUUUUAUUUUUGCUAAAAGAGCUUAUCAACACGAGCAUUAUUUCAGCACAUGACAGCGAAAUUUCUUGUUUAGGUAUAUCUAAAUCGGGUUCCAAAGUUGCCUCUUCAUCUUCCUCUGGUACCCUUCUUAGAGUAUGGAAUGCAGAAACAGGAGAAAAGGUAUCUGAGUUUCGAAGGGGCUAUCAGUAUGCAUCUAUUAGCCAAUUGGCAUUUUCACCUGAUGAAUUACUAUUGGCAUGUGCUAGUACGAAAGAGACUUUGCACGUAUUCUCGUUACACGGGAGUCCCAAUGCCAAGAGGAGUAUAAAGCCUCCAAUCCCCGAUCCUCAGGACACACAUGAACUACUUUCACCAAGAAAUGAAUCACUCCGUCAGACACAUUGGAAAAGGAAAAUGCUUAAGUUGAUUGACAAUGGAAAACGUGCCCAUUGGAGAAUCCAGCUGUACCAAUCGAGUCCAGUUCUUCUUCAUUGGCUUGAUGAGAUGACCCUGAUGAUUUGUUAUAGCGACGCUGCAUAUCAGAAACUUCGUCUAACUAUUCAUGAAAUAACGCAACCUGAUGACCAGAUUAUGUCCCAUGCCAAUUAUAGUUAUGAUUAUGUCUUGGAAGCCGAUGGCUCACUCUAA